AUAUAAUAUUAAGAAUUCUCUAAUGUCAACAUCUCGUUUUGAAAAAGCUCUUGCUCAAGAGAACAAGCUGCGAUACAGCGAACUUAUUGGAAAAGUGACUCAUAAAUCACCUAAGUUUGCUAAGGCUCAGAAAUGGUUAAAAACAAGUUAUGAUAAAGGAAAAAUACCAAAAAGUACUAAGAGUUUUUCUUCUAAAAAUAAGCUCAGAGAGAGCAAAAGUAACAAGGCUAAUAAAUAUAAUACCCUCAAAAGCACUAUGCCAGGACACACUAUGACUAACAUCACCCCAAAAGGGAAUAAGAAUUCCCUGUUAAAAAGUAACGACAGCCUCAAGAAGAAGAGGCAAAUUAGGAACUCGAAUAUUCAGAAAUCUUCCUCAGGGUCAGGAAGAUAUCAACUAAAAAGUACGAUUGUUGAAGCAAAGGCGAAAGGUUUAAAAAUGAAGAAUAAACCCCCGUUGUCUAUCUCAACUACUCCUUCCCAUACAAAGGGCAUUUUCAAAGCAUUUAAAGGAUCUUCUUCAAUAGGAAUGGCCUCUCAAAGUCUAACAGACAGAAAUAAGAAGAAAGAGGUGCAAAGCAAGCCUGUUAUUCACUCUAAGCAUUCGACUUUGACACAGCCAAAACAGAAGUACAUGAGUUUUAUCAAGAAGAAGAAUCUUGAGAUAGACAUUCCUUCUGAAGGGCAAGGGAUUCCUCCAGCUCCUUCUACAACAAUAAAUAAGGAACUGAAUUCUAAGAAUCUUGAUAUUGUGAAAGAAGAUAAAAAUAAAGCUCUCAGUACGAAGAAUGCUCAGAAGAUCACUUUUGAAUUUGAAGAUCCGAACAAUUAUCCUCUGCAACCUGCAAGUAGGAUUAUUAUCCCUAAUCAUGAGACUACUAAAUGAAGUGUCAAGGAUAAUGGCAUUGUUAAGGCAUACGCUGCUAAUACUAAUCAAGGAAUCGUCAGAGAUUAUAAUGAAGAUAGAGUCAGCAUCAUUCUCAAUAUUCUCAAGCCUCAAUCAAGAGAGAAUGAAGACUGGCCUAGAUGCAGCUUCUUUGGUGUCUAUGAUGGCCAUGGAGGUGCUGGAUGAGCUGAUUUCCUCAGAGACUCUCUUCAUCAAUACGUCAUCAGAGAGCCAUCCUUCCCUUGGAAUCCAAAAGAAGCUCUGAAAGCAGGAUUCACUAAAGCAGAGAAAAAGUUUAAAGAGAUCAAUUACAUAGAAGAUCAAGGUGUUAUUGACAAGUCAGGAUCUUGAGCUAUCGUUGUCCUCAUUGUUGGAGACCUCUGAUUUGUAGCCAACGUUGGGGACAGUAGAGCUGUCCUAUCAGGAGAUGGAGGAAAAUAAAAUCUUUCCUCUCAGCCUUGAUCACAAACCAUGUGAUGAGGCAGAACGAAAAAGAAUCAUUGAAGCAGGAGGUCAGAUCUAUCAGACAGCAAUUCCAAAGAACUUAGAUCUUGACCAAGAAUACGGGCCUCAUCGGGUUCUGCCAGGAAGACUUAGCGUCUCUAGAACAUUUGGUGACCUCGAAGCUAAAAUUGAAAAACUUGGAGGGAAUCCUAAUGUUGUCAUUUCCCAACCUGAGAUAAAGGCUUUCAGAGUUACUGGUUCACACGAUUUCAUUGUGAUGGGGUCUGAUGGAAUAUUUGACAAAAUCUCCAACAGAGAAACAGUUCAAUGAAUGUGGAACAGCCUUAGAGAUGAAAAGAAGGAAGAUGUUCAUAGACAGACAGGUGAAGGAGUGGAAUGUAUCAUCAAAAAUUCUCUCUUCAGGAAAUCUCUGGAUAAUGUAACGAUAGUAAUCAUAACUUUUCAAAAUUUCCAAAGGGUAUUCGAAGGAGAGGAGGUAAAAUUAAGUGAAAAUUCUACCUCAACAGCUGAAAAGACAAAGAAGAGUGAAAAGAUUGAUGUUAAGCCAAAGCAAACUUCAGCAUUUAAAAAGAAAGUUGCCCAUACAAAAACCUUCCAUCAAAAAGCCGGAAUAUUUAAGGAUCUAAAUAAGCACAGAAGAGUAGACUCUGGUGGUAAAAAGGCGCAUGCAAAGGUACUUGAACAUAUAUCCAAACGAAAACGUACGAAUUCUCAAAAAGACAGUAGAAAUAUGAGCCCUGAUACAAACACAAGAUUCUCGAUUGGCCAGACUUCUAAGCAUAAACAAGCAAGCAAAUUCAAUAAGCAUUUUAACAACUCAACUGAUUCUUCUAAGAAAAUGCCCACUUCUAAACUAGCAUCAUCUCUAUACAAACGCCCGCGUGAGAAAUGAAUGACUACUAAGAACCAAGAUGUAGUAGCUGGUUUGAAGACAUUCGCAUGGAACUAACUUUGGCCCCUGGCUUACAUUUGGAUUAUAAUUUUAGUAGUCUGGUGCUUCCAGGCUAGCUCAGCUUGGGCAUGAACUAAUAAAUCUU